GAACCAACGGAUCCUGUAACCGUGUAACGUGAGUCCGAUGCCGCUGGGGUCGGCAAAGUUCAGCCGCGCGGCGUACGACGCCCACGUCCAAGGCCUCGUCCACCGCCGUCUCAACCCAAUCUCAACGUAUGUCGAGUACACGCUCGUCGAAGAUUUGACGCCCUACGACCUCUUUCGAGCGCCACGUCCCGUAACCACGGCGGCUCCGCUCGACGUGCCGGUGACAGAGUUGGAUGCGGAGCUGACGUGCCCGAUUUGUCUCGGCGUUUUGCAGCAGACCACAGUUGUGCCGGCGUGCUUGCACCGUUUUUGCCGAGGAUGCAUCGACGCCUGCCUCGCGAGCGGCAAGCACGAGUGUCCAUCGUGUCGCGCAGGUAUUCCCACCAAGCGCGCGCUGCGUGCGGACACAGCGUUUGAUGCGCUCGUGCGACUGCUGCAUCCGCCACCACCGCUACUGUCGCCAAGCAAGAAGCGAGCGACGCCCUACGACCUAACCGAGGCGACGACACUUGCUGUGACGUUUGCCCUGCUUGGUGCGACUACACCGUCGCAACUACAGUGGACGACGACGUUGGCGGCGACCGUGCACGAGGCCAACGAGUGGUUACGGCAGCAAUUGCACGGACCGGCCACCGUGUGCACGACGGACGGCGCCGCCCUCUCGAUGGCAAGCUUGUGGACGCACCGACCGAGUACAAUGCGCUCUACUACCGCACGACCGCGUGUCCGGAUGCGUCGUCCUAACUAUCUCAACACGCAGUCGAUAGUGACGGCGUAUCUUGCGCCUCUUGGCCGAUCGUAUCAACUUGAUACAUUGCAGUGCCGGAUCCCUUUCUCUCCGUCAACUGUCAUAGGAUAAAAACAAUUUCAUUUGGAC